UAUGAUACAGUAUCACACAUCAUAAUUACGUACAGCAAGUUGCGGCUACCAUGAAGUGUUAUGUGUCGAUAUUGUUAGAUGUGAUAUCACACAUCAUAAUUUCGUACAGUAAGUUGCGGCUACCAUCAAGUGUCAAGUGUCAAACUAAAAGUAUCUGAUUGCGGUAUCUCACUCGAUCAGCACUCUCGUAGUGCGAAGUUUCCUUUGAUGAGUAUUAGCUCUGUCUCUAUAUUUCUUGCCUCCACAGUUUCCCAGACGCAUCCAAACCAGUCCCUCAUCAUUCCUCGUGUAUCACAGAUUCGCAGGCACAAUUUCUCCUGGAGCAAAGCACUGUUGGUCAUUCUUUGGCCGUUGGCCACAGAUACUUUCUCCAGAGUUCCGCGUUUUGUGGAAUCCUUUUCGCAAGUUCCCGCUCUAAAGUUUGCGCGAAUGGGGGUCACACCCAUAGGGGUCCGUUCUUCAUCGAAAGCUACAUCGUUGACGAGGAAAAAUACAAUGGAUGAACCGCCCGAUGUUCAGUCUCCAUGGAAAUUAUUUCCAUCAUGGCAAUAUAAUCUGUUGGUAAAAAAGCACGGUGCCGAUAGKGUUAAGCUUAUCUAUAUGGUGAGGCAUGCAGAAGGGACGCACAAUGUUAAUCGAGACUUUAAGAGUAUUGAGCAGCUCGACGCACGAUUGACACCAUUUGGGAUUCAGCAAUGCCGUGAAUUACGAGAUGAACUAUUGCUUGUGAAGAAUGGAACCACCGACAAGARAUGCAGGGAAGARGCCGAUACAGCAUCUCGAAAUGGUUGGAAGUACCAUACUCAGGGCUUGGAUCGUUUGAUGGAAAAUUUAAAGGAGACUCGGAGCCACGAAGACAAAGCCAACAUCGAUGGCCACAAGGAUAACGAUACUUGUGUUGUAGUUUCUCCUUUGACAAGAUGCAUCCAAACGGCAAUGUACUCCUUUGAAUUUUUUACUCAGGUGACAACAACGACAGGAAAAGAACAGGACUACUCGUCAACAAACGACAACACCAAGGUACCCUUUCUUGGUAUCGAGGCUCUACGGGAAACGGUAAAUUAUAACUGUGACCGACGGCGGCGAAUUUCUGAGGUUGCAAAUGAGUUUCCAGAAAUCGAUUUUACGCACUGUCAUUCAAACGAGGACGAGAUAUGGUUGUCGUAUCGGGGGCGAGAAAAAGACCAAGAAGGCAGAGAAAGAACUUUUGUCGAUGGUACUCUACUAGAAGGUGCAAAAAAGAAUUAUUUGGAAUCGGCCCAAUUGUACGCCGUGGCAAAUCGGGGCAGAAAUGCCAUGGAAUUCAUACAGUCUCUGCCCCAAUCCAAAAUAGUGGUAUGCACCCACUCUGCUUACCUCCGAUGCAUUUUGAACUGGGGACAGACCGGGGGCGUUCCAAAGAUGUUCGAUCAAAGGUUGGAUGACAGAGAGGAUCCAACGAGGCAGGACAAACUGUUUGAGUAUUGUUUCGAGCAAAAUGAAAGCAUCGACCAAAGUUCCGAAAGCAUCAAAGACCAAAUAUCCCAAUUCGACCAAGCAUCUUUUGAAAAAUACAUGCGAGAGGAUUAUGGAAAUGCAGAAUUGCGGUCUUUCUGUCUUUUGGUGCAGCAAGCAUAGGGCCCAAUGGCAACCAAAUGCCACAUUUGGCAACAGCAAUCAACAACCAUUGAACUCAGCGUAUCUUUCUUUUGUGCGUUUGCACAACAUCGUAAUAUCAGUGUAGUAUUGAUAAACACACGCGAUCAAC